GGGGGAGGGGGAAAAUGGCGCUGACUCAGGGGACCAAGCGGAAAGUCUGCUACUACUACGACGGGGACAUUGGGAACUACUAUUAUGGUCAAGGCCAUCCUAUGAAACCCCACAGGAUCAGGAUGACCCACAACCUCCUCCUCAACUAUGGCCUUUACAGAAAAAUGGAAAUCUAUCGCCCUUACAAAGCAAGUGCUGAAGAAAUGACCAAAUACCACAGUGACGACUACAUCAAAUUUCUGCGGUCGAUUCGUCCAGACAACAUGUCUGAAUACAGCAAGCAGAUGCAGCGGUUCAAUGUUGGAGAAGACUGCCCUGUAUUUGAUGGCUUAUUUGAGUUCUGUCAGCUUUCUACAGGAGGCUCUGUUGCCAGCGCGGUGAAGCUGAACAAGCAGCAGACGGACAUCGCUGUGAACUGGGCGGGCGGCUUGCACCACGCCAAGAAGUCUGAGGCCUCUGGCUUCUGCUACGUCAAUGACAUCGUCCUGGCCAUUUUGGAGCUGCUCAAGUACCACCAGCGGGUGUUGUACGUUGACAUCGACAUCCAUCACGGCGAUGGCGUGGAGGAGGCCUUUUACACCACAGACCGCGUCAUGACGGCGUCCUUUCAUAAGUACGGAGAAUACUUCCCGGGAACGGGGGACCUGCGGGACAUUGGUGCAGGCAAAGGAAAGUAUUACGCUGUCAACUACCCUCUCCGGGAUGGAAUAGACGAUGAGUCCUAUGAAGCCAUCUUCAAGCCAGUCAUGUCUAAAGUGAUGGAGACAUUCCAGCCUAGCGCUGUUGCCUUGCAGUGUGGGUCGGAUUCUUUAUCAGGGGACAGGCUGGGUUGUUUUAAUUUGACCAUUAAAGGUCAUGCCAAGUGUGUGGAGUUCAUCAAAAGCUUUAACUUGCCCAUGCUGAUGCUUGGAGGUGGCGGCUACACGAUUCGCAACGUGGCCAGGUGCUGGACGUACGAGACCGCUGUGGCACUGAACACGGAGAUCCCAAAUGAGCUUCCCUAUAACGAUUAUUUUGAAUACUUCGGCCCAGACUUCAAGCUCCACAUCAGCCCCUCCAACAUGACCAACCAAAACACAAAUGAAUAUCUGGAGAAGAUUAAGCAGCGCCUCUUUGAGAACCUGCGGAUGCUCCCCCAUGCUCCUGGCGUCCAGAUGCAGCCCAUCCCAGAGGAUGCCGUGGCGGAGGACAGUGGAGAGGAAGACGAGGAAGAUCCUGACAAACGGAUUUCCAUCCGCUCCUCUGAUAAGAGGAUAGCUUGUGAUGAAGAAUUCUCCGACUCCGAGGAUGAAGGGGAAGGUGGGCGCAAAAAUGUGGCGAACUUCAAGAAGGCCAAACGGGUGAAAACGGAAGAGGAGGAGAAGGAGGAAGAGAAAAAAGGUGAGGAAGUCAAAGAGGAGGAGAAGGCCAAAGAGGAGAUGGCAGAGCCCAAGGGGGUGAAGGAAGAGACGAAAUCGACUUAAGAGGCUGGCAGCCGGGGAGCUGACGUUCCCAGGUUUUCUGCUCCCCCUCCCCUUCCGUUCCUUCAGAAUUUGUAUUUUAUGUUUCUGUAGAUAUUUCUAUAUAAAUAUAUUGUGGGGGGGGGACUGGAAA